GGCCGCGGCCGCUGAUUCCGGGUCCCGCCGCUGAUCCCCGGCCGGGCCUGGCUGCGCGGCCUCGGCACCAUGAAGGCGAUAAUCCAGCGGGUCAGCCAGGCCAGCGUGACAGUGGGUGGGGAACAAAUAAGUUCCAUUGGAAGAGGCAUCUGUGUGUUGCUGGGUAUUUCUUUGGAAGAUACUCACAAAGAGCUAGAACACAUGGUUCGCAAGAUUUUAAACUUGCGUGUGUUUGAAGACGAAAGUGGAAAACACUGGUCUAAAAGCGUGAUGGAUAAACAGUAUGAGGUGCUUUGUGUCAGCCAGUUCACUCUGCAGUGCAUCCUGAAAGGAAACAAACCAGACUAUCACAUGGCUAUGCCUGCAGACCAAGCAGAGUCUUUCUACAACAACUUCCUAGAACAACUUAAAAAAGCCUACAAGCCAGAGCUUAUUAAAGAUGGCAAGUUUGGAGCCUACAUGCAAGUAAACAUCCAGAAUGAUGGUCCUGUGACUAUAGAACUGGAAUCCCCUGCUGCCACCGUGGACCCCAAGCAGCUGGCAAAGCUUGAAAAACAGCAGCAAAGGAAAGAGAAGACCAGAACCAAGGUACCCUCUGAAUCAAGUAGAGAAAGAAAUGCGCCUCGUAAUAAGGAUGACCCCAGUGCAAGCAGUGGAGCAGAGGGAGAUGUGUCUUCUGAAAGGGAACCUUGAUCCUCAAAAGCAGGCCUCAGUUUGUCAUACAAAGGCUAUGUUGGAGCCUUAAGAAUUCACAGUUUACAUUAUCGUCGGAGUCGAUCUUAAAAGACUUUGGAAAAGAAAGAAAAGUAGGAAAAUAGAACUAAGAAAUUAUGACUCUACAUCAUUCUGUACUAAAAACAACCAAAGGAAAGUUACCAGUUUCAGUUAAAAUGUAUUCGUAGUAGUGAAAAUGACUCACAGCAUUUUUCUGUGCAUCUGUGUUUGUUUUCACAUGGUUUACUGAAUGAAGGGUGAUUUUUUUAAUGCAGAUUGUAACAGAACAUAUGACAACAGAGCACAUGAUCAAUUUCCAAAAAUAAAUCAGGUUUUUCCUCAAAUUCUGACUUUAAUUCCGAAGAUAUCUCAAAGCGAGCUUGUAUUUUCAUUUGCGUUAUGUAGUGUCAUGUGCUGCCUGUUUCCAUAGCAAUGUAUAAAUCUGUGUACAUUACCAUAUAUUGUACAAUCUCUGUCUAACACCAGUUUUGGGAGUACAGUCUUUUUUCAUGUGUUAAAAAAACUGUCAUUGAUAAUUUAUCAUGUGAAAUUUAUCAUGUGAAAGUCUUAUAAAACUUUUUUUUUUUAAGAAAACACUUUAAUAAACAAAUUACACUACCU